CGGAAGCGGCGUUGCGGCGCGAUGGCGGCGAGCGGCCCCGGCGUGGUGCUGUUGGACAGGAGCCCGGCCCCCGCGAAGCCGCCGCCCAGCCGCCCCGCGCUGGAGCUCGGCUGGAUGGGCAGCGUGCGCGUGAACCAGCCGGCCGUGCUCCGCCGGGCCGGGCAGGUCCAGGCCCGCAGGACGGUGAAGCAGGAGUGGCAGGCCGCGUGGCUCCUGAAGGCCGUGACCCUGAUGGACCUCACCACGCUGUCCGGGGAUGACACCGCCGCCAGCGUCCGCAGGCUGUGCUACAAAGCCAAGUACCCCAUCCGCCAGGACCUGCUGAGCGCCCUGGACAUGCACGACAAAGGCGUGUCCGCGGCUGCCGUGUGUGUGUUCCCGGCCCGGGUGCGCGACGCGCUGCAGGCCCUGAGGGCGGCUGGCUGCGGGGUUCCCGUGGCGUCCGUGGCCACGGGCUUCCCCGCGGGACAGACACCUCUGCGCACGCGUCUGGAGGAGGUCCGGCUGGCGGUGGAGGACGGGGCCGCGGAGGUGGACGUGGUCAUCAACCGGACCCUGGUGCUGGAGGGCCGCUGGGAAGCCCUGUACGAGGAGAUCCGUGCAUUCCGCCAGGCCUGCGGGGAGAAGGUGCACCUCAAGACCAUCCUAGCCACUGGGGAGCUGGGCUCACUCACCAACGUCUACAAGGCCAGCAUGGUGGCCAUGAUGGCAGGGUCUGAUUUUAUUAAAACGUCCACGGGAAAGGAGACGGUCAACGCCACCUUCCCCGUGGCCAUCGUGAUGCUUCGAGCCAUCCGAGACUUCUUCUGGAGAACGGGAAGGAAGGUGGGGUUCAAGCCCGCGGGCGGCAUCCGCAGUGCGCGGGACGCCCUGGCCUGGCUGUCGCUGGUGAAGGAGGAGCUGGGGGACGCCUGGCUGCAGCCCGGCCUCCUGCGCAUCGGGGCCAGUGGCCUCCUCCUGGACAUCGAGAGGCAGAUUUACCAUCACGUGACUGGACGGUAUGCUGCCUACCACGACCUGCCCAUGUCCUGACCGGGCCGGUGCCCCCAGGGCCCUUCCAGACCUUCUAGAAGUCACCCCGCACACCACGGCUGAGAGGGCCAGAAGUAGGGGACCAACCUCGUGGCUCCGCCUGUCAUCCCGGCUACUCUGGAGGCUGAGAUGUGAGGAUCGCGGUUCAAAGCCAGCCUGAGCAGGAAAGUCUGUGAGACUCUGAUC